CAAUUAUUUGUUGGAAUGUGUGCGUCAAAAAAAUAUCAAAGCGGAAAUAUGGCAUAGAGUGCCUCCUUUGCUGUGGGCGGCCUAUGGUGGGCCGCCUGCCGUAGUGUGAGCUAACCAAACGGACGAAAGUGAAGCAGUUCAGCGAAAGUGUUGACAAAUUGACAGUUUAGUUGUAAGCGGACAACGGUUUGUGCAGGAAGCGUGUUGCGUGUGUGGAGAAGCCUGUUGAUUAAAGUGAAAAUAAUAUAAAUUAAUUGAAAUUUUGAAAGAGCGUACAAGCGAUAUUUAAAUGUGUAAAUUAAUUUGCUUGUGAAAAGUUUUCAGUUGAUUUUGUGAUAGAAGAAUACAAUUCUGAAUAAUAAUUUCUAAACAAUAAAAAAUGCAUGCAUAUAAACAAACAUUACAUGCAGACACACACACAAUAUAUUGAUUUUAGUUAGACAACAAAACAAUUGAACGCACAAACAUCACCACAAAUGAAAACGCACAACGAAAUAUCCACCAAUUAAAUUAAACGAAAGGCGCUUCGGUGGAGUACUUAAAAGUGCCGUCACAAAAACAAACGAAAUACACGCACUUUCAAUAACAGUUCAUAAUUUUUGUACUAUAAUUAACAAUGGCAUUGAAAAUUUCCUUAUUAAAAGCCGUGCUGGCUGUUGUCAACACAGUGCUGCCGCUGCUUGGCAUUGGCUUAAUUGCGCUUUCCGUUUAUGAGUUGAACACCUCAACGCCUGGAACUAUGCAACACAUUUCGAUCGUAAUACAAAUAUUUAUUGGUUCGUUUGUCGUACUAACUUCAUUCCUGGGUUGCUUUGGUCUGUGUCGCGAGUCGUUGGGGCUAACGUGGAGUUAUGUAAUAUGUAUGCUGAUCUUAGUCAUAUUCCAAAUUUAUUUGAUCACUGUCGCUGGCGUCACCGACUACGUUCAGAACACAACUGAUCAUUUGGACCAAUUAUGGAGUAACGUCACAUUAAAUGCUGCCGAAAUCGCACAAGUUGAGCAACAGUACGAAUGCUGUGGUAGAUUGGGUAAAGCGGAUUAUAUCAAAUUGGAUAAACGCAUACCGAGAAAUUGUUACCGAAACUUCUCUGGCACCGAAAGUGAUCUUUAUACGGAAAGUUGUCUGACAGUGCUACAAGAGAUGGCACGAAAGAGUGGCAGCACUGGAUUGGCGAUUAAAUUGACAUUAUUUGGUUUUGAGGUUCUGGCUUUGUUCUUCUCUGGGCUAAUGGGUAUUACUAUACGCCAUAAAAGAAGAAGAGAUCAAUUUGUAGAUAACUAAGGAUCUACAGGAAAAACUUUAAGUGUGUGUGUAUUAACACAUAAAUAGAUAAAAUAAUUGUUCAAAAAUAACGAAUUAAUUGGAUACCUGAAAUUAUUCACUAAGUGGCCAUUAACUGUCAAAAAACAAUAACACAAAAAAGAUUUAAAAAUAAUGACAUUUGUUACGCAAGUGCAAGCCCUGCAGUAAAGCUCUGCUAUUGGAGAAAGAAAUUCUGCCAUUACAGGGUUAGCCGUUUGUAG